CGAACCGGUCAAAGUCGUCCAUUAUUCCAGCGAACUCCGACCAAGGAACAUCAACCGUCACAUUCUUCUCUUUCCCGCGUUAACCCCCUUUUACACUAGAACGGUCAAAAGCCGCCCUACAAAAAUCACAUCACCACGCGCCACCCCACUCGCCGCCCUCUCUCUCUCUCUCUCUCUCUCAUGCUAUCGAUUCAUUUCGUCGAGAUCCGGAUCAUAGGGUAGACGAUGGAGCAGCCCAACGGCGACCAUAAACAGGGGGCGGACAGCGCGUCGGACCACGAUGGGGAUCCGAAACCGGAUCCGGAUGGGAAUAAAGGCACUGGUAGAGGCAGCGAAAACGGAAUCAGUAAUAAUAAUGAGGAUGAGCAUGAGAGUAAUAAUAAAGGGACGUUGAAGUCGAAGAAAUCCGUGACUUGGAGUGAGGAAUUGGUUAUGGAAUCUCCUUCCCCUUCCUCCGCGACGGCGCCGUCUUAUGGAUCCGCCACCGCCGCAGGCGUCCGCAGCCACGGAUCGAACCCUUACGUUUCCUCCUCCCCUGCGCCCUCCUCCUCCUACUCCGCCACGAUCAAAGAUUCGGUGAGUACGGUUCGAGAUGUGUUGGGGAGAUGGGGAAAGAAGGUAGGAGAAGCAACAAAGAAGGCUGAGGAUCUUGCCGGAAAUACAUGGCAACACUUAAAAACGGCGCCUAGUUUUGCGGAUGCUGCCAUGGGAAGAAUUGCACAAGGAACAAAAGUUAUAGCCGAAGGUGGUUAUGAGAAGAUAUUUAGACAAACGUUCGAGACAGUUCCCGAGGAACAACUCCUAAACUCCUAUGCAUGCUACCUUUCCACAUCAGCUGGUCCAGUAAUGGGAGUUUUAUACGUAUCUACAGCAAAGCUUGCAUUUUCCAGUGACAAUCCUUUGUCAUAUAAAGCUGGUGACAAGGACGAAUGGAGCUAUUAUAAGGCAACAAUACUCAAAUUGUCUUAAAACCGUCCUACAUCAGUUUGGUAUCAGAGCUUGAUCCUGCAUCCUUAUGACGGUGACGAAUAAUGAACUAAAUUCCAAGGUUGAUGCCCUUUACAAAAACCUUCAGGCUACUUAGCACGUUUUGAUACAUUGAAAAGUGAUGUUGCUACGUUAGUAAGUUAGGUAACAGAGAUGAAAGCAUAACUACAGAGAUUGAUGGGUGGUCUUCUAGGGGAAGCUUAUGGACCUAAUGAUGUGAUUGAAGAAACCAACAAACUGGAUGCUAACCAUGGUACAAGGGACAUCGAGAAGACAAGUGUUGAAGGUAAUGGUGAAAAUGAAAGAUGUAAGCAACAACAUCGUGAUCAUAACUUGCAUCUCAAGGAGGCAAAAGUUAAUGCCGCAGACAUUGAAGGCAUGAACGAGCAUAGUUAUGAAGAUUUACAAGUUGGGAAAUCCAAAGCAGAGCAAGUAAAGGCUGAACUCCAUUCUUUUCCGGAGAUGAAAAAUGUCCACAUUGAGUUUGUUAUUCCACAUAAGUUGGAUUGAGCCAAUGGGGUGAUAAGAAGUUUGGCAUUUUGGGCCUUCUCCUUGUUGCUUCCAAAAGAUCGGUUUGAAUGGUUGAAACUCCGACGCUCCUCAAUUUUCAUACUUAGACAUUACAAAACUCGAGGUCGAGUUUUUUCCAAUGAAGGGAGAAUGAUUGGUAUAUGAGGGUGUUUUGGUAAAAUUGCAAAGAUCAUAAUCACGGGCAGCAUUGGUCGUUCAAGGAUCGUUCCAUUUAAGGCACAUCAUGAAUCGAGUAGUUGCAUGAAGAUACAUUUGGAUAUCUUAAACACAUCUAAUUUGUUGCAUGUCACGUAAUUAUAUUCAAUGUACACAUUAGGUUCGUUCACAAUUUUAAUUCAAUGUAUCCUUUAAUUAUUAGCUUCAGUGAAACACGUUAGUUUCAUUCUAUCAAGACUUCUAGAAAUUAGAAUAACUAUUUUAGGGCUUAUAAAUAUCGAUGUAAUCUUUUAUGAAUAGAGCUGAUUAUGAAAUUUGAGUAUCGAGGUUGCAGUCAUCGUGAUUAGGGCUGUGGUCCUUACAGAAUCACCUAACCCUUGCGAGGGUGAAGCACUCUUCUCUCCUCGUCUUCUCAUUCUUUUGUAUCUUCUUCUAUGUGCAAUCACGCCAAGUACUAUUUAGGUUCCCCACCGAAAACCACCAUGAUUCCAAUUGUAGGUGGCAUUAAGUGUCCAUAACCGUCCUACAUCUUUCUGCCUACAGUAUGAAUUGUGGUUGUUUUGGGCACGGAAACAAGAAUAGUAUUUGGAAUAAGGGAAAGAAACAAAGGCGAAAGGAAAGAAUUAACUCACUGUCCAAGACUUCUCAAUGAGUUUGAAUCGUUGUGUUGCCAAGGUGGUCAAUUACUGCUAAUGAGAAUAGUAACUCACUCUUCUUAGUAAUAGAACCUAGCGACGUCAUCAUGUUAUUGCUAAUAGAGUAACCGGUGCUUUUUAUUUUAUUUUUUUUGAUCCGGCAAAGUAACCUGUGCUGAUUCCUAAUCAGCACCAGAUAAGAACGAUCCCACUACUACUAUGAAUUUCAACGUGAAAUUUUGAGAUUUAACCCCGGAAAUCUGUUUAUGUGCGUAGAUACAUAUGCUAUGUGGGUAACAUUUCUUUGCAUAUUAUGUGUUUAUUGUCUCUAUUAGAAUUAAAUCGUAAUC